AUGGCCUGCUGUCACAAGGUGAUGCUGCUGCUGGACACCGCAGGCGGAGCCGCUCGCCAGAGCCCGGUUCGGCGGGCCGCCCUGCGCCUCCUCACCUACCUGAGUUGCCGAUUCGGCCUGGCGAGGGUCCACUGGGCCUUCAAGUUCUUUGACUCGCAGGGGGCUCGGAGCCGGCCCUCCCGCGUGUCUGACUUCCGCGAGCUGGGGGCCCGCUCCUGGGAGGACUUCGAGGAGGAGCUGGAGGCCAGGCUCGGGGAUCCCACCCACGGCGCCCACCUGCCCGGCCCGGCGCCCAGGGCCACCCACACGCAUGGCGCCCUGAUGGAGACGCUGCUGGACUACCAGUGGGACCGGCCCGAGAUCACGUCACCUACGAAGCCGUUCCUGCGGAGCCGCGGGAGGAGACUGCUGGACGUGGAGAGUGAGGCCAAGGAGGCCGAGACUGCCCUUGGCGGCUUUGUGAACGCAGUCUUCCUCCUGGCCCCGUGCCCGCGUUCGCAAAGGGAGCUGCUGCAGUUCGUGUCUGGGUGCGAGGCCCAGGCCCAGCGCCUGCCACCCACCCCCAAGCAGGUGAUGGAGAAAUUGUUGCCCAAGAGAGUCCAGGAAGUCAUGAUCGCCCGAAAAAUCACCUUGUACUGGGUGGAUACCACGGAAUGGGCUAAGUUGUGGGAAUCCCCGGACCACCUUGGGUUCCAGACAGUCUGUGAACUUCUCCACCAUGUCGGAGGCACUAUCUUGCCAUCUGAAACUUUCAGCCAGGAUUUUACUAAAGUCGGGCAAACACUACUCAGUGGUGGAAGAAAACUAUCAAGCAAACCUCACCUCUCUCCGUGGAUUUCAACUUUACCAACCGAUUCCACUUUAAACUGUUUGCUCCACAAUUCUCGUGAAUAUGAAGCAUCAUUUCCACAGACAGAAGGAAUGUUAUUUCUCCCUGUUAAAGGCAAAGAAGUUCAAGAAACAUGUACAGUCACCCUAGAGCCCUUGACCAUGCAUCAGAGCCAUUUUCAGAAACCAGUCAGAAUUGUUCUAACAGGCACAGCUGCCCAAUGGGCUCUCCCAACGGGUGGCACUUUGGGCACUGAGAGCUGGAUAAUGCAGAGUCCAGAGGAUGACAGAUCAAGUCAAAGGUUGUUAUUUCAGCAGCUGGCAAGCAGGCUGGCAACUGAAGAGUUAAAUCUGGUUGCCGAUGUGGGUCCUGGUGAAGGGUGGCCCCCUAUCACUGGAAUUAUUUCCCCGCUCUCCACCAGUGCUACAGUUCUCACUGUGUUCUGCACCGAGGAUGCUGAAUUUCAAAGACAUUUUCUCCAAAGGGUUGUGGGAGUGAGCCCUCAGGAUACAGCCCCCCUUCUCUCCGAUAUCACAAAUGAUGUGUUGAAACGGACUCAUGAUUCACUUGAAGAUCCUGCCACUCCUGCUUCUCCUGUUCCAGAGUGGGCCCAGCAGGAGCUUGGCCGCACCAUUCCCUGGAGUGCAGCUGUGGUGGAGAAGUGGUUUCCUUUCUCUAACCUCAGUGGUGCCAGUUCAAAUUUAAUGGAAUCAUUCUGGUUACUACAGGCUGCCUCAACUGAUAAAGAAGACUCUUCCAAAACUGGAAACGAAUUAACACGUCGCCUCUCCGAGUUCUACCAAAGAAAAUCUCGUGAAGAGCCUGCAGCAGCCAGUCAGGAAGACAGUAAAAGAAAACGGGGUGUCCCGCGUACUCCAGUCAGGCAGAAGAUGAAUACCAUGUGCCGUUCCUUAAAGAUGUUGAAUGUUGCAAGGUUCAACGUAAAGGCUCAGAAGUUACAGCCAGAUGGCAGUCCAGACACAGCUGGGGAGAAAGGGAUCCAAAAGACAGCUGGUGGAAGAACAGUGGAUAAAUCAGAAGACAGAGGAAGAACAUUAAGAAGUUCUAAACCAAAAGAUUUUAAAACUGAGGCGGAGCUGCUGUCUUACAUACAUGAAAAUUACCAAAAGACUGUGGCCACUGGAGAAAUCUCAUUGUAUUCAUGUGCUCAGCACAUGAUCUCAACAUUUAAAGCACUCCUGACAUCCAAAGGCACCAAGGAACUAGAAAUGGACAGCUUGAAUCAAAUAAAAGAUAACCUCUUAAAAACCAGUAAAACUCUUCGACAGAAUCUGGGAAAGAAACUGGAUAAGGAAGCCAAAGUCAGAGAGUGCCAGCUUCAGGUAUUUCUUCGUUUGGAGAUGUGUCUACAAUGCCCUUUAAUGCAGGAAAGUACAGAUGACACAGAACAAGUAGUGGAGGAGGUGACCGAUUUGCUGCGCAUGGUGUGUUUAACUGAGGACUCAGCAUACCUAGCAGAAUUUCUGGAGGAAAUUUUGGGAUUGUAUAUUGACUCCAUCCCAAAGACACUUGGAAAUCUUUACAACAGCCUAGGGUUUGUGAUUCCUCAGAAGCUGGCUGGUGUCCUUCCGACAGAUUUUUUCAGUGACGACUCCAUGACGCAGGAGAGCAAAUCACCAGAUCUUUCUGUGCCUCUUUUAUCAAGUGCUCAGAGAUCGGUGGCAGGUGGCACUGAAUCCGACCAGCUGGAGGAGCUUCGUACCAGAUCAGCCAAAAAGAGGAAGAAAAAUGCAUUAAUCAGACAUAAAAGCAUUGCAGAGGUUUCCCAGAAUCUUCGACAAAUUGAAAUUCCCAAAGUGUCCAAGAGAGCAGCAAAAAACGAGAACUCUCACUCUACUCUUCAGCAGCCUCUGCUUGCACGGAAAGAUUCAGUGCAAGAAGUGACCAAAGUUCGAAGAAAUCUCUUCAACCAGGAAAUGCUUUCUCCUUCAAAGAGACCGCUAAAGCGGGGGCUGCCCCGAAGCCAUUCUGUGUCAGCUGUGGAGGGUCUGGAGCAUAAACCUGCCAACUUCAAGAAGACCAAAGAUUAUCAUAAACUGCUGACUAAGAGUGUGGCAGAGACUCCAGAACAUAAGCAAAUCUCCAAAAGGCUGCUUCAUAGACAAAUCAAGGGCAGGUCCUCUGAUCCUGGUCCUGACAUUGGCGUUGUUGAAGAGUCCCCUGAAAAAGGACAAAAUGAACGAAGUUUGAGACGAAGUCCUCGAAUCAAGCAAUUGCUAUUCAGCAAGACAAAUUCUGGCUUCUUCUAUUCUGCAUCUCAGCCGAAGUCUCGAAGUGUGCAGAGAGUUCACUCCUUCCAGCAUGACAAGUCAGGUCAAAGAGAAAAUUCUCCAGCCCAAAGCAUUUGGUCUCCCAAGAGGCUUCUUUUUGGUGCGGUGUCUGAGAUGACCAGCCCCUCAGAGAAAGGCUCAGUCCGGAUUAAAAGGCCUUCAAGAAACACUUCAGCUUCUGAGAUACUUACAGCUUAUCAGACUCCCAAGAAAAGUUACUGGAAAUCCCCAAGCUCUUCUAAAGCUACACCAAGAAGGCUCCCUCGUACACCACAGAUGCCACACUGCACUCCAGAAAGGCGGCUGGGACCCCCUGCAGAAAUGACACCUGUAAAACAGGCCGUGUCUAAGGAGUCCUUAAAGCGCUGUUCCUCAUGUCGCGGUGAUUCACCAUCUGAACUGACAGUAACUCCUCAAAAGGGAUACUCACUGGCAGAAGGAUUUGCCUCUCCUCCUGAAAAGAAGAAACUGAGAACGCCCAGAAGGCACGCUGCUCAACCACCUGAGUUUCUGCAGACUUGUGCUUGGUCACAGUCAGCACCUUCCAGUCCAGGAAGCACCUCGUGUCCAGCAGCCCAGAUGCCACUGACUGUCCAGACCAGGAGUGGAUGUCUGACUCCCGUCAGGCACUCUCUUAGAACACCUUCAAGCUCAGCAGUGUUGGGAUCGCUAGGAGAGACGGCCUUUGUAGGCACACACCAAAACCAAAAAAGCCCAGGUCCCCAAGUCCCUGGAGAUUCUCAGGUGGAGGAACCAGCACAGACACUAGAGGAAACAUCUGCCAAAACCCCAGAGAGACCAGAAAAUAGACCUAUGGUUUCCUCCCCACCUGUUUCUCCAAAGGAACCGUUUAACUCUCCUUCAUGUGACAUUUCCAAGAAGAGUCCAUUUAGGGAAUCGUUGAUGGACUUUCCGUCCCCUGGAGAACUGGAUUGUAGAGAGCCCCAGAAAUCAUCCCAUGUAGCCACAUCACACUCAUGUCCUAUACCCUCAACUCCUCCCAAAAUCUCACAGAUAGGUAAAUCUGACACCCUCCCCCCUCCACCCCCUUCUAAAAUUGGAAAACGGUAUAGAAAUACCUCUAAUCCUGAAAGAAGUUCCCCUGAGUGCCACCCUAACACCUCGGGUGUUCAUGUGUUUGGCAUAAGUGGCAAACCAGCUGCCAUCACAGACUCUAGAAGGGACCAGAAAGAAGGGAGCCUCUCUCCUCAGUCUUCUCCUGAAAGACAUAGUUGCCCUGGGGCCGGUUUAGGGACAGACUGGUCUAUGUCCUCCCCUUUGCUUAUUGUAAGUGACACAGAGUACCUUACCCUCCUUGAUGAAGAUGACUACGGCAGUGACAACUUGAAAAGUAACAUCUCACCAGAACAAGGUGAGAUGUUAAGGACGGUGGUUGCUGACGAGCAGCCUUCUCUGUCUCACCCUGUGAUUCCUCCGUCUUUCCCUUCCUCUGUGCCCAGCUCUCCUCUGGUACUUUGCUAUGGCCUGCGCCGCACGGCAGACAGAACGCAGGGCCAGACUGUGGCACACAGAGAGAAUCAGCAAACUUUAACUCAGCCUUCGAAAGCCUCUGCCAGUCCACAGACCUACGAGGUUGAGCUGGAGAUGCAAGCUUCGGGCCUCCCCAAGCUUCGAAUUAAAAAGGUAGACCCCAGCUCUUUAUUAGACAUUGAACCUCUAAGAAAGGAGGAUGGCUUCCUGGGAGAGGAGAGUGCCUUCCCUGGUCUCAGCUCGGCCAGGGGCAGCAGACCCUCAGGCAAACCUGAAACCAGCUACAUGUCACCCCCCUGCCUCCGCUCCUCACACAGCACCCCUGGCAAGAGCGGGGGACAAACGUAUAUCUGCCAGUCCUGUACCCCAACCCGCUGCCCCUCUAGUACCCCCUCUCCUUUUCAAGCAGAGGUUGGGGUUCCUUGGACACCAUCUCCCAAGCACAGUGGAAAGACACCUCCUGACACAAUUAAAGACUGGCCCAGGAGAAAAAGGGCGGUGGACUGCAGCGGGAGCAGCUCUGUGGGGAGGAGCGAAGUCAAUGUAGACCUUGCAGGGAGCGGGCCGGGGCUCGAGCUGGAGGGGAAGGAGCGAGGGUUUGAACUCGCUGUCAGCAAGACUCGCAUCUUGGGGGAUUUUGAGCUUGAGGGGGUGUGUCAGCUGCCAGACCACUCACCUCCAAGGGAUAGUGUGCCUAAGGCUGAGGACGCCUUCUCAUGGGGACAGUUUGGAUUGGGCUCCAGGAAGAGACUCCUUUCUGCCAAGGAAGAAGCUGAAUGUUGGGCCAAAAGAAUCUGUGACAGCCAGAGAGAAGACUCAGAAGCAAGUGGGGAGAGGUCUCCAAGUGCAAGUGUGGGGCAGGGACAGCUCCCCUCCACCGGGGAUGAGGUCUUUGUUUCAGGCACCACGCCACCCCCCGGCUGUGCUGUACGGAGCUGCCUUUCGGCCAGUGGUCUCCAGGCGCUGACCCAGUCUCCACUGCUGUUCCAGGGAAGAACGCCUUCCUCUCAGUGUAAAGACACCAGAGAUGAGGAUGUGGACGUAUUUCCCUCCACCGUGGAAGAUUCUCCUUUCAGCCGAGCAUUCUCCAGAAGACGCCUCAUCAGCAGAACUUACACACGGAAGAAGCUGAUUAGCUAGUUAGGCCAGAAGCAGGUGAUGGGACUUGUACUUACGAACACUACUGAGCUCAUACUGAGCUGAUGCGUUCCCUGGACCAGGAGAGAGUGGCUUUUUCUCUGUAUAUGUGAGGAUUUCCAAACUUUUACCAUAAUUGAAUUCCUAACAGUGUGUCCAGAAGCUCAGUUCAUGAGACUGGGGCCUUAACUGUUUCCCGAAUGUAACCCUGGGGCUUACUGUGCUAAAGCAGGAGUUAACCAGGGCUUCUUAACAGAAUCAAGAAAGUUCCAAGUAUGAAGAUGAAGUCAGCCAGGACCCCGUAGCCCCUUUUACCGUGGUGAGUUUUCAGAGUCCAGCUAGAAUGCCUUAGGGUUUUUUAAUUCCCCUCAUGGAAUCCAUCCACCCCCAGAACCUACCCCUACCACACCUGCCCCUCAUGGGAACAUUGUGGGGAGGGGUGGAUGAUGGUAUAGCUGGUGCUCAAAAUCAAAGGCAGCCUGGGAUGUCAGGAAACCAGACAGGGAACUGCACCCCUGGGAUUCCAGCCCCAGCCCAACCGUGACCUUGGGCAAGUCAGGGGACUACUCUGUGCCUCCCUCACUUGUGAAAUAGGAGAAAGGAUGCUACGUGGUGUCCCUCGCAGGGCUGCUAAGGCUUGGAUGCUGCACCAUGGGGAGUGCUCUGUAAACUGUAAAGCACCAUCCACAUAUAUAAAUAUUAAUUUAUACUGAAGACUGCAUCUGGGGCAGCAGAACCGGUUUUCUGCAUUCCUUACACAAGACAAUAAAAUCGUCUCUGGCUGCA